AUGUUGACUUUCAAGAGAGCUCUGGUAGCAGCGGCCUGCCUCGUCACCAUGCUCUUCCUCGUCAAUCGAUCCCACAGUCCCUCCCCCGCCGACACAUUCACUCCCCAGACCGCCGACUCGUCACACAUCGCUGCCGGCUAUACCACGCAGACCGCCUACACCCAGAAGACGCCCGGGUCGAGCGGCGGCCGUAUGGUCAAGGGGCACAAGCCCGGGGGCCAGCAGAUCCUGAAAGACAUGUCGCAGGCCUCGCUGUCCGAGAGACUCGCCUACCAGUUCCCCUACGACGUCGAGACCAAGUUCCCCGCCUACAUCUGGCAGACCUGGAAAUACACCCCGGCCUCGGCCGACUUUGGCGAGAACUUCAGACCGGCCGAGGCCUCGUGGACCGAGAAGCACCCAGGCUUCAUCCACGAGGUGAUCACAGACCAGGUCGCGGUACACCUGCUGCGACACUUGUACGCGUCGGUGCCGGAGGUGUUGGAGGCGUAUGCCGCGCUGCCCCUGCCCGUGUUGAAGGCCGAUUUCUUCCGCUACCUCAUCCUGCUGGCCAGAGGAGGCAUCUACUCAGACAUCGACACCCACGCCUUGAAAUCCGCUUCCGAGUGGCUGCCGGAGAGCGUGCCGCGGCAGGCGAUAGGACUGGUGAUCGGAAUCGAGGCGGAUCCGGAUCGGGAGGAUUGGGCGGACUGGUACUCCCGACGGAUCCAGUUCUGCCAGUGGACCAUCCAGGCGAAGCCGGGCCACCCGGUCCUGCGGAGCAUCGUCGCGAAUAUCACCCAGGAGACGCUGAAGAAGCAGAAGCUGGGAACCUUGAAGGGCCUCAAGGAUACCCAAGUGAUUGAGUUCACGGGGCCGGCGGUGUGGACGGACAUCAUCUUCGACUUUAUGAAUGACAAGAAGUACUUUGAUAUGAGCAACAGCAAGCAGAACAUUACCUGGAGGGAGUUCACAGGUAUGACAGCUGCGAGGAGGGUCGGGGAUAUAAUGGUGCUGCCCAUCACCAGUUUCAGUCCGGGUGUAGAGCAGAUGGGAGCACAAGACUAUGACGAUCCCAUGGCUUUUGUGAAGCACGAAUUCGAAGGUACAUGGAAACCCGAGGAAUUGCGACACAUCGGUAUCACCAACGACCCGAACGAUCCCAAUAAUCCCGCCUAUGACAUGGACCGACCGCCCAGUCAGUAG